AUGCUGGUCACGGUCCCUCGUGUUGCACUUGCAUUCCUGAUCACGCCACCAAAACUGCUGCGUCAGAAUCCUGCUCUCGGCAAUCCUGCUCUCAACAGUCCUGCCAAUGAUGAGUCUCCCCUGCUCGAAUGUCUGCAGGUUGCGCCUCCCAUUGCAAUCCCCCCAGCGACAUGUCACCAAACUCUAAUGGUACACACCUUUGCCCUCUCGUAUGGCCAACCUUUCGUAGGCCAGUACUACCCGCCAAAUUGCAGAUACAACCGUGUAGUCUUCAACCUGACCGUCACUUCUGCAGGACGUCAGUUCGAUCGACUCGCUUUGAUGUUUUUUGACGAUGUCGAGAUAUUCCGGACAUCGACGGCAGAGCCGACUCAUAAUGGCAUUGUGUGGAAGUACGCCAAGGAUAUGAGUAGCUAUCUUGCCUUGUUCAAGCAACCUCAUAAGAUCAUCUUCGAUCUUGGGAACCUUGUAGACGACACGUAUACCGGAGCUUGGCAAACUACCUUGACAGCGACUUACUUCACUGCCGACGAUUUGCUGGUGCCCGCGGAUACCAUCUUCCCAGUAUCUGCGCGCCGAUCUUCCGCAGAUAGGCCGAGUCAUUUCACCCUACCUGCGUCAAGAGCCAUCGAUGCUCUGAAGAUCCCGCAGAAUGCCAGGAGAGCCGUGUUUUCGAUAUCGGCUUGUGGUCAGGCUGCUGAAGAGUUUUGGUGGAGCAAUGUCCUCUCGUCUGAUUCACAAGUAUUUGGCGACGACGAUGUUCUCUACGGUCACUCGCCCUUCCGAGAGCUACAACUCUUUAUUGACGACCAACUGGCUGGUGUUGCAUGGCCGUUCCCAGUGAUCUUCUCAGGGGGUGUCGUUCCUGCAUUUUGGAGACCCCUCGUAGGCAUCGAUACAUUCGACCUGGUUGAAGACGAGAUCGACGUAACACCAUUCCUUCCGAGACUCAACGACAACGAGGACCACGUCUUUGAAAUCCGAGUGGUUGGUAUAGAGGACAAUGGUCACGGCCAUGGCGAGCUCACGCAGUCAAUUGAAUCAAAUUGGGUGGUUACAGGCAAGCUGUUCAUUUGGCUUGAUGCUGACUCUAGCAUUGUCACAGGUACGAGUCACACAAUACAACGCCCAAUCCCUUCGAUCAGCGUAUUCUCCAGCGCAGUCAAGGACGUUGUCGACUCGCUCCAGUACUCGGUUUACGUCUCUCGCUUCAUCCACAUCUCAUCCACCCUCGAGACAUCGAAAGGCCCAGAAGAGGUCUCUUGGACCCAGAAUCUUGUAUACUUCAAUCACGGCACGCUCACAGGCAAGGGCAACGACCAGAUCGUCUGGCAGAACACGAGUGGAAACAACACAUCACCAUCCUCGACUUAUUUCAAGUCCUUUGCGUACCCCCUGUGGGUUACCUCGUCUUACCGAGCACCCCCGAGCGGUGGCUUUGCCAUUGAUGCUACGAUACGGCGAGCCAAGAAUAUCGAGCAGACCGGUGAACUUGCCUUUCACGACGGAUGGAAGCCAAUGGCGUCUAAAUACGCAAUAUACAAUGGAACAAGACUAGGAAAUUCACAAAACGGCACGGCAUCUUACAUCAGUACCCCAGCGCAGAAGAUAUCACAUGGCUUUGGCAGUAUGGAGCAACACUAUGUGCUUAGCGGCAUUGACGGCGUUUGCGAACCAACGGUUCACAAUGACGAAGUGCUUUACCAACAGGGCAUACUUGCAGUGAAUGGAUCAGUAGUGGCCGGUGGGGAGGCUUCUGAGGAUCAGACAACCGGCUUAUGA